AUCUACGCGUUUAAAAAUCGACACCAUGACAUAUGAUCAGUUCUCCUGGAGGCCUUAUGUCAACUUCAAUUACACCAACGAAGAAGAAAGCCAGAUAUGGUCUGCAAACACAUAUCUCAUCUGUUUUCAGAUAGUCGAGAGGCAUCAGACAGACAGAGUAAGGCUUCAAUUUGGCUUACCACAACACCCAUCUUCCUUACCAGAUAAUUUGAAAGAUUUUCACAAAAUUAAUUUGACAAAAGAUAAAAUUAAAGGUUCGUGGAGAGAUAAGCAUCAUCGUCAAGUCCAAAACUGGAACCAACGUCAUCAAUUAGCACUUCACGGCGUUCGGUAUAACCAUGAGGUUUAUCCAAAUCGUCAAUAUUUUGCAUGGUAUUGGGAAUUUUUCGGAGAUCAUCUGUGGCUUUCUAGAGAAGUAUUAUUGUCAAACCCAAGGCAAGCAUGUGCAAGAAUUUUACCAGGAUUGUCGCGUGACUAUCCUGCAAUGCCAGAAACUUAUACGGUGCCAGAUGAAAAUAUGUGAUCAAAUACACCUCCACCCUAUAAUCAAUUCAUGAUACCUCCACCCACUAACUUUGACCAAAGCUUUAACCCAUCCACCAACUAACAACUACAACCAAACUUACCAAUCACCACCACAACCCACAACCAAAGCUUACAUAACACCCCAAUCCCAUAUCCAAGCUAUUCUCAACAAAGUCAUCAUGGAGAAAGCUCCCGAACAUCAAACUAUUCAUUUGAUGACUUCAAUCCAACUCACUACACCACACAAACCAGUUUUCCAGACCAAUCACAAUACUCCUCGUUCAACCUACCAACCCCUCCACACAUUGUAAACUAUCCUCAAACAAGCUACGCACCUCAAUGACCAAAUUCACAAACUAAUACCAUAGAAAGUCUGGCAGCAGAGUUUAAUGACGAUGACUUCGUUAGUGAAAUCUGGUCCAACUCAGCUUUACAAGUGCAAAACGAAGUCGCUAUGGAAACUAAUGAAGAUGUUGAAAUUCUUGACGAGGAUGUGGAACAGGAAGA